CUUCCGCCCCGUGCUCAGAAGAGCCGCCGAUAUCAACCCCUCGCUUCCGGUGAUGCCUCCUUUUCGGCAGCGGCUAUUUCCUCGCCAACAUGCCACUCGCAAAAGACUUGUUGCACCCAUCCCCUGAGGAGGAGAAGAGGAGGCACAAAAAGAAGCGUCUCGUUCAGAGUCCCAACUCUUACUUUAUGGACGUCAAAUGUCCAGGAUGCUACAAGAUCACGACGGUGUUCAGCCACGCUCAGACAGUCGUGCUGUGCGUGGGCUGUUCCACGGUCCUGUGUCAGCCAACCGGAGGCAAAGCACGUCUCACAGAGGGGUGCUCGUUCAGAAGGAAGCAGCACUAACGCUUCUCCCUGAAGCUGGAGAGGAGGGGAUGGACUGGUUGAUAUCCACGUCUCCGGAGCCCGUGGUCCCGACUUGAAAUGAAAUGAGACCAGAUGAUGGAACCGGACAGCGGACGCGUUCUGUCCACGUCUACCAAGUGGUUGUUGCUUUAACUGCACCCUCCAACCCCGUCUCUCUAAAUAAAAUGUUGUUUUGGCUAUAAGAAUGGA